GUGGCCCCGGAUUGAGCAGUCUGUAGUGCAGAGCAGCCCCUCGGGCGUUCUGCCUGGCCCUGCUUCCCCUGCUGGCUGCCCUUCUGGUGCGUGCAUCCCAGGUGGCAUCAUGCUGCAGCAGAUCCUGCACGACAUGUACAUCGACCCCGAGCUCCUUGCCGAGCUCAGCGAUGUGCAGAAGCACAUCCUCUUCUACAAAAUGCGGGAGGAGCAGCUGAGGCGCUGGAAGGAGCGGGAGACUUGGGAGGCCCUGGCCCAGGACGAGGGUCUCAGGCCUCCAAAGACCAAGCGAGCAGCGAGUGACAAGCACAUCCAAUGGCUCCUAGGGGCAGAUGGCGAGGUCUGGGUCUGGAUCAUGGGAGAAGGCCCUGGUGACAAGCCCUACGAAGAGAUCUCUGAGGAGCUGAUUGCAGAGAGGGCGCGGCUGCAGGCACAGAGGGAAGCUGAGGAGCUCUGGAGACAGAAGGAGGCAGAGAUCACCAAGAAGUUCCGGGAUGCUCUGGCCAAUGAGAAAGCCCGGAUCUUGGCGGAGAAGUGGAAAGUGGAGAUGGAAGACCGCAAGGCUGCCAAAGUCCUGGAGGAACGCAUCCACGAGGAAUUCAAGAGGAAAGAGGAAGAGGAGAGGAAGCAAGGAGAAGAGCAGAUUCGCCUCCAGGAAGAGCAGAGGGCGAAGGAGCUCUACUGGACCCUGAAGCAGGCUCAGCUGCAUUGCCAAGCCAGUGAGAAAGAGGAGCGAGAGUGGGAAGAACAGUUGCGCCGGUCCAAGGCGGCUGAUGAGGAGAGGAGCCGCCGAGCCCAGCGCGCCCGGGACGAGUACCGACGCCACUCGCUCCGUGCUAUCCAGAAGGGCACGGUCGCCGGCCUUAGCUCCAUGUUCCGGGAGCUUGGCCAGAGCCAUGAGCAGGAGGCAAGACUCUACCACCACCUCCCCGGCCCGGGUCCGCCGCAGCCCCUUGCCCUGCCGGUCAGGACCUGGGAGCGCCCACUGCGCCCAGUCUCCAGAGAUGUCAUCGUCCGCUGGUUUAAGGAGGAGCAGCUGCCUCGCCGAGCUGGCUUCGAGAGGAACACCAAGUUCAUCGCCCCCUGGUUCCAUGGAGGAAAUUAUCACUGUUUCAGGAGGAGAGUUACUUCAGGAACCCUGCGGACAGAGGGACAGCCCACCAGACUACCAUCUGUUGUUUGAAUAGUUUUUUUCCUUAUCAAUUGGAUUGAUUUUGGCAUCCUGUUUUUGAACUCAGCUUAAGAACUUCUCAUCUCAAAUCCUAUGGCCUUCUGGAAGAUCCACCACUAUCCAAAGGAAAAAGUAGAUUAAUAUGUCUCAAGGGAUAUGACAUCUAUGGCAUAGGGCUACUGGUCUCAUCCCAGCGAUCAGGACAGAAAUUGCUAAUAGCUCAUGCAACUCUUUCAUGAAGAUUUUAGCUAUGACCUUAGAAGACAAAGCCUGUUUGUCAUGGCUUCCAUAAACUGAGCUCUUACAAUGUGUGGACCAUGUUUUAAUAAUCCAAAAUAAUUCCAGUGCCGAACCCUGAAUUUAACAUAUGGUAGACAUUCAGUAAAUGUUUGUUGAAUGAAUGCAUGUCUUCUAAAAGUUUUCCAACACAAAUUAGCAGUGGUUUCUUGUAAAUUAUUUCCUACUCGCCGCUCUAUAAAAUCAUGGCAAUAAUAGAAGAUUAUGAAGGAUUUCUAUGGAGGACAUAAAUGCUGCAUCUUUCAUGAUCUCCAUUAUUACCCUCAUUGAUAUUAUCAUUGGAAUUAUCUAAGGUGAGCCCCAGUUUCCAGGGCAGCUGAUUGACACUGUCCUGCCUUCCUUAUGUAACCUUUUCUUUUGCCACUCGCCUCUAUCUUUGAAUCAUAUUUUGGCCCUGGUUUUGCAAUGGUUUUAUGUAAUCCUACAGAUGUCUUCAAGACCUGGGGUGAGUUAUAAAUGCAAGAAUGGUUUUUAGAAAUCUGAUGAGGCCUCUGCUCUCUGGGAUGUGGCCCUCUCUAUGCAGGCUACUCCAAUGAUUAGCUCUGUCCUCAUUGUCCUUUUAAUUCCCUUGUCAACUUAAUCUCAGUAUGUUGCUUAUAUUAACAAGAAGACUCACCCAAUAACUCCUCGAUAACUCUCAGUGAUGGUAUCUGUUGGUGCAUACUUGUGUUCCACAGUUAUGGCCAUAUACACAGAGGUAGUAUAUGAUGAAGAGAAGAUUACAGUCUUUACAGUCAAGAAGACUUGGGUUCAUAUCCUCACCCUGGAACUUACUAGCAUUAUAAUGCUUGCAGCAUUGUGUUUGGUGAGAGGAAAAGAAUGAAUGGAUUCUAGGAAUGUUAGGGAACGAUUUACUUUACCUGAUGGCUGUAUCAAACAUCUAUGCCCCACUUCUUCUCUUGCCUCACCUAUUCCUUAGAUUCUUGGUCACUUCUCUACCACAAGCCACCAGCACUAUAACCAGUUUUGCAUGGGUUCUGCUCUUCCUCCGUAUGUUGAUCAGUGUCAUGUGAGCAUAAGCCAAUGGUAGCUUGCCACAUGCCCCAUCUCCCGUUGCUGCAGAGGCAUAAGACAGAAGAGAUGGGAAGUGAAUGCCCCAUGUGGUGAAUCUGGGAUGAAUGGGAGUCAUAGGCUGGUAGAUGGCUUUUUCCUCCUUCUUCCUCCUGGAGGAACUAUUCUGAGAGGCAUCUGUUUGUAUGGUCUUUUAGAAGACAGUCCUGCAAGAUCGAGCAGCCAGUCAUGAUGAAACCAAGUGGUGGCCGGAUCAGUAUGACACCCUGCUGCCCCCGUUUUUAAUUCUUCUCUGCCUUGCUCUGCUCUCUCCUGUUGCUCUGGGAUGGCACUUCUGAAUGAAGUAGCAGCUCAUAAGCUUUUGCCACAGGCUCUGUCUUUUGGGGAAUCCAGGAUAAGAACCCAUCAUACAGAAGUGUUCAAUAAUAUCAAUUUUGCAACUCAGCUCCAUGGCUUCCCCCGGUCUGCCUGUCUCACUACAUGCAUAAAGUGAAAUGAUGGAAGGAACCUGCUUUCUGAACUGUAAUGUGCCUUCAUUGAUUAUCAUUAAAAUUAUCAUUAAAAUUGCCUUAUUUCUAUGGACUCAGAGGAACGAUGUUUUAGUUUUGGCUCUCUGAUUUAGCAACUAUGUGACUUUGUCCAAGUCAUUUAACUUCAUUAAACCUCAGUAUGACUGAAAAGGGAAUUUUCUGUGUGGCCGUCACUAGGUUUUUUUUGUGGGUUAGUUAAAUGAUAAACAUGAAAGCUUUGUCCAAAUGAAAAAUGUAUUUCUAACAACAACCACAAUAACAAUAACAACUUAGUGCUUAGCCCAUGAUGUAUCAGGGGAUAUGAUGUGAUGAUUUUCAAGGUGUUGGAGGAAACUUCUGUUCCAAGAACUACCAGCAGCUUUGAAAGCAGACCGAGAUGGGUUGAGAUCCUGAAUCCCUGGGCUGUUGUUCCUGUCACCCCUAAUUAAUAUGUGAGAGACAGCAGCUGGGUUUUCCAUCCCUAACACAUUUAUUUCAUUUUAUUUGGGGCCUGCAAUUUCUGCAUGUCUCAUAUAUUUUAGGUUUUACCUUUUUACCUGGCUUUAAAAUAAAUCCCUUGUAAGUUGUCCUGCAAAUGAAAUUACUGUCUGGAAAACUGCAAUUUCAUCUUGAGAGUUUUAUUAUGCUAAUAAAUGUCAGGAUUCUCAAAUAAAGGAGGUGCCUUUUUUUUCCCUGAGCCCUACAAAUAUAAUAAAAAACAGUUGGUCAGCUCCAAGACUCAGGAAAGGAAAAAUUUACAAUCUAUAACUAGAAAGAGAGGUUGUAAAAAAAAACACUAUGCAACUUAAUGGAAAAUAAAUUUCAAGGAAUGAAAGGAUAACUUGGAGUACAGAUUUGGGGAGAUCCUUGUGUGGCAGAAGUAUUUUUAGGGACCAUCUAAGGGGCAUGAGCUGAGAGGUUAUGGAGAGUGUUCCCCGGGAGGGGAACAUGAGCUUGAAGACCUGGGAGCCUGGGGCGUUUGUCCCCCUUUUGUCCCUUUGAUCAUUAUUCUCAGGACUAAAUUGCGAUCCUAGAUGAAUUUCUGUAUUCUUUGGACUACAGUUUCUUAUGUCAAAUUAGGUGAACAUUGCCUAUUUCAGAGGGUGGCUGUGAAAAUAACAGAAGAUUUUGUUAGAGUAAUGACAAAUACUGUUUUAAGCCGUGUGUGUGUGUGUGUGCAUGCGCAUUCAUGUGUGAACUCUCACAGCCAUGCUUAAGGGAGAAAAUGCUAUCAUCUUUAUCUUGUACAUGGGGAAACUGAGGCACAGAGAGGUUCAGAACAUUCCCAAGGUCACUUCCUUGGGAAGCACAGGGAUUGACCACAGUCACGUAUCAGUCUGAGUGGACCUUAAACUGCGUAAACAAACACAUGAUGGUUGUUAAAAAUGCAGGUUCUCCUUCAGCGGAUCUGGGAUUGGGCAUGAGGUUCUGUAUUUCUGACAAGCUCCUGGGUGUUGCUGAUGCUGCCAGACUAUGGGUUACACUUGGAGAAGCCAGCCUUGAAAGCAGGGGUUGGCAAAUUAUAGCCGCAGGCCAAAUUCAGCCUGCUGCUCGUGUUUCUACAGCCUGAGAGAUAAAAAUGGUUUUUACAUUUUUAAAUGGUUGGAAAAAAUUAAGAAGAAGAAUAUUUUAUGACCUGUGAAAAUUACAUUAAAUUCAAAUUUCAGCUUCAUAAAUAAAGUUUUAUUGGGAUUCA